AUGUCCUCCACUUCUGCUUGUUGGGUUGAUCUAAGGGAAUGGGUGCACUCCGUGGCACCACAAGCCAUUGGUGGUUGGUGGUUUGUUAUCAACUUGUUGGUGUGUAUCUACUCGUGUCUUCUACUGGCUCUCGAUAUCAUCUGCGAAGAAGACACAAAAGGCAAGAUCUUUGUGGCCAGAUACUACCUCUGGUACAGCUUGAUCACCACGGGAAUUUGGUUGGCAGAGAUUGGUUUGGAAGUCUACUACAGUUUUGAACCAUCCUCCUGGGAGCAACGGAUCGAACUUACCAUGGCCGUGGUCUUUACGGCAAGUUCCUUGGACGAAUUGCUGGAGUGGAAUCUACGAGAUCAGAACAUUUAUUUCAUGGAGUUGGAUCUUUUGGCAAACGCAGUGGUACCUUUACGCAAGCUGCAAAACCUUCCAACUGGCACGAGAAAAGCAACAAAGAAGGGACUACGAAACUCUGGCAGACGCGCAGGCACAGGAACAAACGGAGAUCUGACGAGCUAUUCAUGA